AUGUUGGUGAUGGAUAUCGUGGACCGUUUAUUUGUUACAAUGUUUGACAGUUUGGAAGAGAAUUGCCAAAAGGAGCUUGAAGCUAUUGGGAAGCAGUAUCCAUUUGAGCCUUUGAAGUACUUGCGAAAGACCCUACGACUUACGUUUCAAGAAGGGGUUCAAAUGCUGAAGGAGAAUGAUCUUUAUGGUUGGAGAAACUUUUCAAGCAUAGUGGAUGGACUUCUAAGAUGUGGUAGAAAGGGGGCGAAGAAUAAUAGUAUCGAAGGGGUGCCUUUGUACAGCGACAAGAGUGCCGUAAUUGAGAAGAGUAAGGAAUUCUCUGUUUUGGUAGGUGGAAGAAUGUUGUAG